UUCCUUAGAAGCCAUAAAAAAAAACUCAGCUUAAAUCUAUGUUAUGUAAAUGCAAAAGAAACUAAAUAUACCAACAGAUUAACCAUACAGAAUCCAAACUGAAACAGCAUAGGAUGCUUUCUUUUAGCUAGUUCUUGAAACUCUUCUUUCUGAACUAACACCAACAAGCUGUCAAGUAGAAGAAGCAGUUAUUGCUGAAAAUGGAAGUGGAAUAUAGCUGCUGCACUACAGGAUUUUUCAGUCGCAUUGGAAUUGUCAUCUUCUUAGUGUUGUUUGCUGGGUUAAUGUCUGGCCUCACUCUCGGCCUCAUGUCUAUGAGCCUUGUUGAGAUUGAAGUUCUUGCCAAGUCUGGAAAACCAAGUGACCGUAAAUAUGCUGUGGGUUUUACAUUGUCUCUCAACAUAACAGCAAGGAUACUCCCAGUUUGUAGAAAACAACACUUGCUGCUUUGCACUUUGUUGAUUUGCAAUGCUGUAGCCAUGGAGGCACUACCAAUUUUUUUGGACAGUUUGGUGACGGCUUGGGGCGCUAUAUUGAUCUCAGUCACUUUGAUCUUAUUAUUUGGCGAGAUUAUUCCUCAGGCUGUUUGUUCUAGAUAUGGUUUAGCAGUUGGUGCAACAGUGGCUCCAUUUGUGAGGGUUCUUGUUUGGAUUUGCUUUCCUGUUGCAUAUCCUAUAAGCAAGCUAUUGGACAUUUCAUUGGGUAAAGAACAUAAAGCUCUGUUCCGUAGAGCAGAACUGAAAACACUAGUAGAUUUUCACGGCAAUGAGGCUGGAAAAGGAGGAGAGUUGACACGAGAUGAAACAACCAUAAUAGCAGGAGCACUGGAACUCACAGAGAAGGUGGCGAGAGAUGUCAUGACUCCCAUUUCUGAAACUUUUGCGAUCGAUAUCAAUGCCAAUCUUGACAGCAACUUGGUCAAAUUAAUUCUAGAGAAGGGGCACAGCAGAGUGCCUGUGUUCUAUGAACGCCCUACAAAUAUCAUUGGCCUCGUAUUGGUGAAGAAUUUAAUUACUAGGCUUUCACCAGAUGGGAUACCAAUUAAGAGCUUCCCGAUUCGAAAAAUUCCAAGGGUCUCAGAAACAAUGCCAUUAUACAACAUACUAAAUGAUUUCCAGAAAGGUCAUAGUCAUAUGGCUGUUAUUGUAAGAGAAAAAGAAAAUCCAGAAAGGUCUGUUAAAGGAAAUCAACUUGAGGCAAAAGAUGUGAAAGUGGAAAUCGAUGGUGAAAAUCAUCAACAGGAAAAAGGUUUAAACACCAAGAGAUCACUGAAAAGGCUAAACACACUUGUCGAUCGUAGUAAUUCCUAUAGGAAGUUCUCUGGAAGUAAGAAAUGGUCUAAGGACUUCAACUCAGAGGUCCUCCAUAUUGCUGAUGACCUGCUGCCUAAGCUCUCUGAAGAGGGGGAAGCAAUUGGCAUCAUAACACUUGAAGAUGUCAUUGAGGAGCUUUUGCAGGAGGAAAUCUAUGAUGAGACGGAUUAUCGUACUUAGAGAUCAUUUGCUACAGGUCAACGUUAAAGGAAAUCGAAGAAAAAAAUAUUUGUAAUUUAUACAGGGAAUGCUUCUACGAGAAAAGGAACAGAGCUUUAAGUAGUCACGUUUAAUUAUCUGACUUGUAAACUUUAAUUUUUUUUCUUUUCGAUCAAAAUCAUCAUUGUGAUGGAACUUCUCAAGGAAAAGUUGUCACUAUUACAUUUAAUACACCACUACUGAACUAUAA